AUGGGAGCUGCCCGCGGGGGAAAAGAAGCUUCUCUGUCUGGAAUUCCCUGGAAUUGGUAUUUUAGCAUUUUUGGAGAUGGGACCGCAACAGGCAGCCACGUGUCAACUGCAACUUCAAAGGUGGCAACACCAACCGUGGUCACCUUGCUGGAUGCUGCCAAUUCCAGUGAUUACCCGUAUGAGUACUUGGACGAGGAGGAUUACAUGCAGUAUGGCCUCUGCACCAAAGAAGAGGUACUCUCCUUUAGCAGAGUAUUCUUGCCAUCUUUUUACACUGUGGUCUUCCUGGUGGGCUUGGCCGGGAAUGUCCUCCUGUUUAUCGUCCUCGUUAUGUACAUCAGGAAGAAAAAGAAGAUGACGGAGGUGUAUCUGCUGAACCUGGUGGUUUCAGACUUCUUCUUGCUAUUAACCCUUCCUUUUUGGGCUCUGUACAUUUCUCAGGGAGUGACCUGGGGCAUGUUGUGCCCAGUCUUAAAUGCCACGUACAUUGUGAAUUUCUACAGUGGUAUCUUUUUUGUGAGCUGCAUGAGUCUGGACAUGUAUCUGCAGAUAGUUCACGCUUGUUCUCCUCGCAGCUCCAUGACACGGAAGAAGUCCAUCCUUGUCUUGUUGGUGUUAUGGGUCCUUUCCAUACUUCUCUCCAUUCCUGAUGGCCUCUUCACCAGCACAAGGCAAAUGCACAACGAAACCAUCAUGUGCACCCAUGAUUACGGCCAGAAACACUUAUUUUGGAAAAUUGUCUUUCGAGUCAUUCAAAACACCCUGGGUUUCCUUUUUCCCUUCCUCUUCAUGGUGUUCUGCUAUUCCCGCAUAGCGUGUGUCCUCACCACGUCUCGGAUGCCUGGCUCAAGGAGAGCACUCUUCUUAGUCUUUACUCUGGUGGGUGUCUUCUUUGUCCUGUGGUUCCCUUACAACGUUGUCCUCAUCCUUCACUCCCUGCAAGACGUGGGUGUGAUCAGGAGCUGCGAAAGCAGUAGGCGGUUGGACUACGCCAUGCACAUCACGGAGAGUUUGUCCUUUGUCCACUGCUGUCUCAACCCUUUGCUCUAUGCUUUUGUGAAAAAACGAUUCAGGUUAUAUUUACAGAAGCUCCCCCAGGCCAUUUUCAGAAGAAGAGCUUUCUUUGAGGUCCAGCCCUCGGAGACAAGCCAGUCUUGCAGCAGAUACGCAGCUGAGAUCGAAAUGUUGAGUAUCACAAAAGCAUGAUGAAUAUUUACGUUAUUUACAUUACCUGUAAGCUCUCUAUGCUGAUCCUGGCCACGCAAUGGGGUCGGUGUGAGCCCAAAGCACUGCAUAACCAGAUAUUUCAUUCUAACGCCAGCACCAACAGGAUUUUCCAUGUUGGGAUUGGAAAAGUAUUCAUGGGAUUUGUUUCUCCUAGAACUGGAAUUAUUAUAAAAGGAUUGCCCUGGGUUUGUGCUCGUGGAAGAAGCCCAGCUCCUGUCUGGACUAUGUGAGGCAUUAGUGGAUGAAGGAGCAGCUUAUCUAGAUGUUGUGCCCUUAAAAAUGGAACUGAAACUCGGGCAGAACUUCUCCCCAGUAGAUCCCAAAGGUCUGAUGGAGGAGAGUGAUCCCAUUAUCCCUCCAGCUCGUGGUGUGGGCUGGGGAGUGAAUUUGCCAUGCUCAUCCAUCAGGCUAGACACAGGUGGCCAGAAGCCCAGCCUGUGGGGGUGGCUUUGCUUCUCCUGGCUUUCACCAUCUGCUGGGUGGAUGUGUUCAACCAGGCUCAUCCCUUUCUUUACCAGGAGAGACAACAUUUGGCACCUUUAAACUGGGUUUUCAGACCAAUGAUGGAUUUCUCCUUGACAAUGAGUUGUGCUGCACUCAGGUCUGCUGAGCAGGAAACUGUGUCUUUCCAAGGGACAGAUCCUUGGUUAAGAGGAUCAGUUCAAUCAUCAACCAAUUUGAGAUCAGUCGAAUCAGCAGCAAAGUUCAAACAAGUUGGAAUCAGGGAGAAAGAGAGAAAAAUGGGCACAGCAGAAUGGCAAUGGAGGUAUUGGCCUUCCCAAAGAUCUGUUUUGACAAGAUAAAAAAAAAGAUCCAUGGAUACUGUCUAAUAUAGAUACUGGCUUUGCAACACUACAGUGAGAGCAUGGCCCUGACCAGAAGGGCACGGGUAGCUGUUAGCCAAUCCUUUCACCCAGUGUAGGUUUACAGUUCAAGGUUAUUAGUUUGCUGACCUUUAUUCAAAGAUAGUAUUCAUCUCAAAUACUCUGGAACCUUAAAUGAACCCUUUCCAGCCUGGAAACCUAUUAAGUGUGGGAGUUGCCUAGAACUGUACAAAUGAAAUUAAUAAUUCAAGAGAAAAUGGCCCAUCAUCUUAAUUUUAUUGUGAGACAAGGUCACUGGACCAAGAAUGGCUUUGAGUUAGAAAGGUGAUUUGUUUUCACUGCUAUUAUUUGUCUUGCCAACGUUGCUACAACGGGUUUCCAAAAUGGUAUGGCUGGGAGCUUUCCUUAAUAAAACAAAAAAGCCAAAAUGAUGCUACGAUGUGGCCUUUGCUCCACGGGUCAGGUCACUGGGAGGGAAUGGGGAAGGAGAGAGCAGCUGGGAAGCAAAAAAAAACUAAGAUGAAGAUUGUGAUCCCAUACGGAGGAGGGCUCAUGGGACUGUGCAAAACUCAUGAUGGGAUGCUCAGGGGAAGGGCAAAGGUGGAAGAAAUAGCAGAGGGAGAUUAUUCAGGGGGGAUUGGGGAGGAAGAAGGGUGGGAAAAUAACAGGGGGGGUAUAAAAGGGGCUGUUUGUGUGUAAACAGAGUGCCCUGUGCCUGGUCACAGAAUCACAGAAUCUUCUAGGUUGGAAGGGACCUUAAAGAUCAUCUUGUCCAACCAUCAACCUCACUGACAAAAAUAGACACCCACACAACAAACAAGGACAGACUGGUCACGGCAGUCUGUCCUGUCUCCUUAUUAAAACCUUCUCCUUAACUCUCUUUCCAUAUGUCACUCUCUAUCCUACAUGUGGGUGUUGGGAGGUCCAAGCACCAGGGAUUGCGGUCACUGGGUGCAUAGAUCAGGGUGACAUCACCCCGGGUCACAGUGCCAGAUGGGGCAUGGGGGCCCUGGCAGCAUCCCCAAACCCCAUCCAGAGAGUGGGGAGCAGGGGAGAUCAAGAAACAGAAGGGGAAAAUGGGGAAAAAUGCCAGCUCCAGGGGUGGGAGCAAGAGGGCUGAGGGUUCUCCACUGGCUGGAGGGGACACGACUGAUUUUCAACAGAAGAAAGUGCUGUUGUCCUUCUGGGUGCUGCUCCUUUCCAGGAGGUGGACUUGGUGACAUGCAGAUGUUGAACUCAUCUAAUGCAAAGCAAAUGGACCUGAUUCAAGCCCUCAUCACCCGUGAGAAAAGCAGAACUGCUUUGCUUUGUCCUCGUGUGGGUUAGCAGUGCUUGCACUCUUCGCCGGCAAUGCACUUAACGAGGCAUUGGGAAUUGGAGAACAUCAAAAUGUUCUGAUGUUCUUUCCUUCUCCUGGCUUUUGAGACCAAAUUAACUCAGCUGUAACCCCGUUUUCCCCUGUUCUGAGCAAAUUUCCAGUAGCAUUUCACACAUCCUCUCUCUGUUUUUUUCUCAGC